AAUAAAGCAACAAGACCACAAACAACAAAAUAAAACAAGCAGACCGAAACACAGUAUAGUGGAGCCGUUGCAAAGACUCAUCCCGCGAAACAUCGUUGGACUGGAUGUAAACAAAGCCACGUUGACGCAUUCCCCCUUUCUCUUUCAAAAGUUGAGUGUUUCCUGGAUGAUCCCACAGCAAACAGAAGCAUAAAGGCAAACAUUGAGAACAAGGAUAAAAAUUUGUCCAAGGAUACAAGAAAAAACAUCUUUCAAGUGACAGUAACAGAGUAAAGAAUAAAAAAAAGCACGCAAUAGUAAAAGCCACAGACAUUAAAAAUAAAACUAAACUUCUACAUAACAAAACAAAUAUUGGAAAAAAUAUUGAGAAAACCAAAAAGAUGAAAAGCAAAGAUACUCAAAAAGCAGAAUUAACAAAGGAGAAAGUUUUGGAAAAUAAAAACACAGCAAAAGACAAAGGCUACACAGAUGAUGGUUUCAAAAUUGCUUCGUCUAUCCCAGAAGAUGACUCUGAUGUGUCUGAUGCAUUUGAGAGUUGCAGUGAAGAGGAGGAGGAGGAGGAGGAGGAGGAUGCCACAACACUCAAACCUCAUCACAGAAAGGAAGAUGACACACCCUCAGCCAAGAAACCUAAGAAAACAGAAGAUGGAUUUAAGAUAGUGACAGAAAUCCCGCCAGACGACAGUGAUGUUAGUGAUGCAUUUGAGGAUGAUGAAGACAGUGUUGACAUGUCAUCAUCAUGUCAGAAGCAGAAAACUGUGGCAAAACCCAUACUUCAGAUCAUGAAUGAUUUUGGCAUUGACAGCAGGACCUUGACAGACAGGAGGGAGAACACGCCAAAGCAGCCCCUCCUCAAGCUGUCAAAGAAACAAAAGAAGUUGAGAAAUAUCCAGGCCAACACAGUGACUCAGGCAGCAAAGGUGAAGAAGCAGAAUGAUGUGCAGAUAUUUAACUAUGCAAACAAAAGAGGUGUGAAUAAGGACAAGAAACCUAAGGAAGAAGAACAGGAAGAUGUGGAACAAUCAUUAACAAAGGAGACACUGGACGAAAAGCAGCUGAAGCGUGUGAGAUACGAUGUGUUCAGGCUGGGUAUGAGUGGCUUCCACAAGGAGAAGAAGGAGGAUACCAGGGUGGCCCUUGCUAUCAAGUUAGGAGCAAAACCACCCAGGAAGAAGGCUGUGAACUAUAAGAAGUUCCAGGAGAUGAAGAAAGAAGAGAAGAAAAGGGAGGCUGAAGAGCGACAGACGAAGCUUAAACUUGGACUGAAGGUCCCCAAACCAUUCAAGAAGAAGGACAAGCCAGUAGUGAAGGCGGCUGCUUCACAGAUUGGACGAUACAAGCAUGGAGUUCAGGUCAUCUCAAAAAGGGAUAUAUCCAAAAUCAGUAAAUCUUGAUGAGCAGAUGAUACUAGAAAUUAAAGUUUAGAUCUUGUGC